AGCCCCACCUCUAGCUGAACCCACAGAGCCCGACAGAAACUGCACAAGACCAUGGCACCUACCUGCUGCAAGACUUUCGGUGCAUUCUUCCUGAUGAUGAUGAUGGCGCUGGCUGGGACAGAAGGAGCCAGAAUCCCAAGAGCCAGCGACCACCCCAAACACAAGAUGGAUAAAGGCAUGGUCCCCCUACAGCUGAACCCCAGCACUCUGCCCUCAGUGCCCCCUGUGAGGGCCCUGCACAACUCCUCCAUCUCCCCCUGGACCUACAACACGACCCAUGACCCAUCCCUGUACCCAUCUUAUGUGUCGGAGGCGCGCUGUCUGCUGAAAGGCUGCCUGGACUCAGAGGGCCGGGAGGACCUGAGCCUGGAGUCCAAACCCAUCCUUCAUGAGGUUAUGCUGCUGAGGAGAGUGCGCACCCCCAACACACAGGGAUAUCACUACAAAGUGGAGCCACGUCUCCUUGCGGUGGGCUGCACCUGUGUCCAGCCAGUGGUCCAGCAGCAGGAGUGA